AUGCGCACGCUUUGGCCUGAAAAAGUCACCCCCGAGGGGCCUAAAGUUCCGAAUCAACUCCUAAACGCACAGGAAGUGCGCAUUCCGCUUCCAUCCGACGCUUCAGCAGCCCUUCGUGGCCAGGCCUCUAGGAAUCCAUUCAAGGCUACAGGCGUCUCUGAUAGGGGAUUUUCGUAUAAAAGCCCUUGGAAGUCUGCAAAUACUUCCUUGCACAUCGUCGCUCUACGAUCAUGCGCUUCACGUCUCCUUUUCUUUGGCUUAUUUGCACUCACCUUCGCCCUCGCUGCGCCUCUCGCGAACGAGACCGCUGCAGAUGGAGACGUAGAACAUCGUGGCUGCAAGAACUCGCUCACUGUAGAAGAGGCCAACGACGUUCAGACUCGCUUCGCUGCCGACCUUGCCAAGGCAAACAUUGGUGAUCUCGAACCCAACUCUACGCGCACGGCACCGGUCAAAGUUGUCUGGCACAUUAUCUAUCCGUAUCUAUGGUCUGGGGGAUAUCUUUCCAACAGUGAUGUACAGAGAUCCAUCAGCUACCUGAAUUCGCACUACUCUGGCACGGGUAUCCAAUUCACACUUACUAGAAUCACGCGCACACGGAACUACAACUGGUACUACUAUGCCAACGAUGGAAACGCCUAUCAAACUGCCAUGAAGAAUGCUCUUCGCCAAGGUGGUCGUGACACGCUCAACGUCUAUACCGUCAACUUUGGGGAUGAUACCCUCGGCUAUGCUACCUGGCCAUGGAACUAUGCGGGCAACCCACGCAAUGACGGUGUGGUCAUCAAGUAUAACACCGUUCCUGGCGGGAGCAGCAGCAACUACAACCAGGGCAAGACGCUCACCCACGAGGUUGGGCAUUGGCUCGGUCUCUUCCACGUCUUCCAGGGACAAUCCUGCAGCGGAAAUGGUGACUACGUUGUGGACACUCCUCCACAGCGCACCCCGACGUACGGCUGCCCCACCUACAAAGAUUCUUGCCCCGGUGGAGGACCCGACUCCAUCCAUAAUUUCAUGGACUACAGUUAUGAUAGGUGCAUGUAUCAAUUCACCUACUGGCAAGCAUAUCGCGCUCGACAAGCCGCUGCCAUCUACCGUGGACUCUGA